GUUGACGUUUGAUGGAUGAGAAAACAUCCACCUGUUGUGGAGCGCACACAAGCCAUCGCACGCGACUGAGAAGAAAUGAAGCUUCUUGUGCUGUUCACUUCUAUUUUGCUACUUGCUGUCACCACUCAGCAAGUUGGGGCUCAGUCUCCGGGAAAUGAAAUAGAGCCUGCCUGUGAGAACUAUGGAACCUUUUGCCCCAAGAUUUUGAAUCCAGUGUGUGGCAGUGAUGGACAGACCUAUGACAAUGAGUGCAUCCUCUGCCAGAUAAACGGACUCAAGAACACACACGUGAAGGUGGCGCACAAAGGAAUGUGCGAUCCCUAAUGUGCACACACUGCUGUGUAAAAGACAAAUUCUGUCUAUGAGCAAAAAUGUCCAAACUAAAAAUUAAACGGCUAUACUCAUUUUUUUUUUACAAUGUUUUACAUGUGUCACUCAAACUUCAAACUUUUUUCCAAAUGUGCAUUAAGAUAUCCAGAGUCCGGCCUGGGCACCAUGUGUGGCCUGCAGCAUAUUUAUAAAAAAAAAGUCUGCAUCAAAACAUUGCAAAGGAUGAGGUCCGCACAACUUAAAAGUAUUAAAAAAAAAGUAGUAAAAGUAUUUGCCAGCUGGAUAUUCAAGACUCAUUUCAAUAAAAUUGCAACUUUAACAACUUAAAACCAACUUAAAAUCAAAAAAGUAAACCAGAAUGUCUUUAAAAAAAAAAAAAGAAAAAAAAUUGAUUACAAAACUUUAUUUGCCAUAAAACAAAUACAAAUCAAUGAAAUAAUGGAUUGCUUUAUACCACAUGUCGAACUCAUGGCCCGGGGGCUAGAUGCGGCUCACCACAUCAUUUUAUGUGACCUGGGUAUGAUGUGUGUCAAUAACACUUCACCUUUUUCCCUGUGAAUGGAUUUGUUCUCAUUUUGACAGAAAUGGUACUGCAUGCAGUUCUUCUAAACUUAAUCUGAUCAUGCAACAAGAUAUUCCAAGCAUUAUUAUUAAAG